AUGUCUCGCCAAAUUGCCAGUAAUAGUAAUAUUAGCUUACCAAAGACUUCAAGUUCAAAUACGCGUCAGGGUUCUGUUGAACCCAUACGACGUUUUAUAAUCAAAAAAAUGGUUUUAACCAAUUUUAAAUCGUAUUUUGGACAAGUUGAGAUUGGCCCAUUUCACAAGUCCUUUUCUACGAUUGUCGGACCAAAUGGUUCUGGAAAAUCUAAUAUCAUAGACGCGCUUUUAUUUGUAUUUGGACAUCGUGCAAGUAAAAUGAGGCAAGGAAAAUUAUCAGGACUUAUUCAUUCAUCACAAGGAUGUGAGAACCUGGAUGCUUGUAAUGUGGAUGUGCAUUUUGAAGAAAUCCUUGAUACGCAUGAUCCAGAUGAUUAUGAGGUUGUACCUCAAUCUCAGUUGGUUAUCUCGCGUCAAGCUUUUCGCAAUAAUGCUAGCAAGUAUUUCAUUAAUGGACGACAAAGCAAUUACACUGAAGUUACAAGUCUUUUGAAAGAAAAGGAGAUCGAUUUGGAUCAUAAACGGUUUCUAAUUUUGCAGGGAGAAAUUGAAUCAAUAUCUCAGAUGAAACCCAAAGCACCAAAUAAGCAUGAAGAUGGACUCUUGAAGAACGUUAUCGUAACUUCUAAAUAUAAAAUCCCACUUGAAGAAACUAAUGAAAACGUUCAGAGAAAUUAA